AUGUCGAGCGUUGCAAAGGCUGAAGAGCCUAUAGAUGGAGAUUUGAAUGUUCAGCAAAGAUCGAAUACUCCGAACUCUAGCAUUUUCUCAAACGAAAAUCAAAAUCAAAAUGAAAAAGUAAAAGUGAUUCAUGAAACAAAUGUUGGUAAACAUGAACAGGCAGAUGGGUUUUCCUCGGAUGCCGACAGCGACGAGGCAUUGAUAAGAAGUAUGGGUUAUAAGCCAGUACUUCACCGGACCUUCAGGUUUUUUGAGAGCUUUGCCGCUAGUUUUGCUGCCAUGGAUGUUGUCAGUGGAGUUCGUCUUACAUUCAGUUACGGUGUCACAUUUGGUGGACCAGCUGCAUACUGGGUAAGUAUGCUGGUUACGGGCGUGUGCUCUACAAUUACCGCGGCCUCUUUAGCUGAAUUUUGUUCUGCCCUACCUACAUCUGGAUCAGUCUAUCUUUGGGCCGCUGAGGCAGGGGGACCCCAACUUGGACGAUUUUUCAGCUUUUUGGUUGCUUGGUGGUCGACGACUGCGUGGACAACAUUCGUUGCCUCAACUUCACAGUCUUGUGUAAACUUUAUUUUUGGCGAAGUUAGCGCUUUCGGAGGCAGUUGGUCGACCGAUGACUCCAACGUGAAAUUUCGUGCAGUCCAAUGGAUAAUUGCUGAAGUUGUUUUGGCAUUGGUAAUUCUUCUUAACCAGGUUCCGCCACGUUACUACAAGUGGAUCUUUAAAAUCUCUAUGGCCCUCAUUUUUAUUGAUUAUAUUCUAAAUUUGAUUUGGCUUCCCAUCGCUACCUCUAAAAAAAGCCACGGAUUCCAAUCUGCCAAGUGGGUAUUUACAGAAACAAUAUACGAUCAAGCCGGCUAUAGCAAAGAAGUUUAUGAUACAAAUGGAAAUAUCGACACGAACUUGUCCAAGUUGGUUCCCAAAGGCUGGCAAUGGUGUCUUGCUUAUUUUGCAUCCGCUGGUGUCAUCGUCGGUUACGAUGCUUCAGGGCACAUCGCUGAAGAAACCAAAGAUGCUUCAAAUAAAGCUGCUCGAGGAAUCUUCUUUUCCGCUCUUACAUCUUCCAUUGUCGCUUUUAGUCUUACCAUCCUCUUUUUGUUCUGCUGCCCUCCAUUGGAUACUUUUAACAACAUUAUGUACAGUACUGCUUCGCCUCAACCAUUUGUCAGCUUUUAUUCCUAUGUGUUGGGACGUGGUGGUCAUGUCGUUAUGAAUGUGAUUAUUAUCUUAGAAUUAUUUUUAAAUGCCGUGAUUGGUGUCCUGGCUUGCAGCCGUUUGGUUUUCGGCGUCGCUCGGGAUGGUGUCUUGCCUUUCUCGGGUUGGAUCAGUCAGGUUAGUAAAGGGGGACAACCAAAGAAUGCUAUUACUGUAAUUUUUAUUGUUUCUGCUUUACUCCUUUGUACCAUAUUGCCCAGUUCUGUUGCCUUUUCUUCCCUUGUUUCCGCGGCCGGUGCGCCCAGCUUUGCUUGCUAUGCACUUCUUGCUUUUGGCCGUUUGUUCAUUACCCGUGAUAAAUUCCCAAAAGGUAAGUGGUCUUUGGGAGUCUUUAGCAAACCUUGUAUGGUGGUUUCACUUCUUUACAACUCGUUUGUAUUUAUUGUCAACAUUUCCCCUUAUUCUUACCCUGUCACUGGUUCCGACUUCAAUUAUGCCAUUGUCAUCACUGGAGCUGUCUCUAUAUUUGCAGUUAUAUGUACUUUAGUGAUUCCGCGUUCUCGAUGGCUUGCUAAUCGCUAUCGAUAUGAUCAAAGUAUUUCUUCUACCGACAAGAGUGAAAAAUGA